AUACGUUUUAAUUGAAUUGAUGAAAGAGUCGAAUUAUCUGCAAAAUCAAACCAUCAGUAUUUGCGACAACAUCAUGGUACCUUUCAAGUUCCGUGCCACACAGUUCAUCACAGAAAGAGAACAAAACAUCGAACAUAUAAGGGCAAAGGUCACAGACGUCAAAACAAGGUGUUCUUAUGACUUUAUCAUCAAGGAAAUAUCAGAUGAAUACGUGUUUGGCAUUCCACAUGAUCAAAACAAAAGUUUUUAUAUGGAGUAUGAAGCCAAUAAUUUAUACGACAUUCAGUUCAAGUUGAAUCCCUUCACAUUUCGUUGCUGUCACUACGCUUUAAAAAUAAUGCGCACAUUUAAAAUAACUCCUUAUUUUUUUCCAAUGGCAAAUCAUGAUAUUUCUAACAGUCAAGUAAAUGUAAAUUUAAAAUGGUACAACAAAUCCGUCAUGGAAAAUCCAGAGCAACGGCAGGCAGUAAUUAACAUUUUGAGUAGAACAGGUGACUUACCUUACAUACUGUACGGACCACCAGGAACAGGGAAAACUGUCACCUUGGUUGAGGCUAUUUGUCAAUCUAGGCACAACAGUUCUAGCGGACACAUUCUUGUUUGCACUCCAUCUAAUGAGGCCAGUGAUGUUAUAAUGAAACAGUUGCUUAAAUAUGUGCCUAAGGAAGAUUUACAUCGCAUGUACGGCUUUCAAAUCGACCCACGAACUAUCGACAGUGAUAUUUUAGGCUGUAGUAAUUACAUAAAUGGAGAGUUUGUGGUGCUAUCUGCAAUAGAUUUGCCAAAAAUCGUCAUCACUACAUUGUGCACGAGUAUAAGGUUACGAUUUUUAAAACUUGAAGAUGGUUUCUUCAACUGUGUCUUCAUCGAUGAAGCUGGCCAAGCAACAGAGCCAGAAACUAUGAUUCCCAUCUCUCUGUUGAUCUCGAAUGAUAGACGAAUACGAGGACAAGUAAUUCUAGCCGGUGAUCCCCAUCAAUUGGGUCCAGUUAUUCGUUCUAAUUUAGCUGAAAAAAUACUAGGAAAAUCUAUGCUGGAGAGAUUCACGGAGCUCUUGCCAUACAAAAAAAAUGAAACGAAUCAGUACAACCCCAUGUACAUAACAAAGUUGCUCAGAAAUUACAGAAGCCAUCCUUCCCUCGUUAAUGUCCCCAACAAAUUAUUCUAUGACGACGAAUUGAUGCCGUGUGCCGGACGUUCUGUUCACAUAGCCGAGGGAUGGGCAGAACUGCCGAAUCCAAAGGUUCCAAUCAUCCUUAUGGAAGUCAGAGGAGAAGAGACUCGGAACGUUUCCCUUUCGAGCUCCUACAACAAAGCCGAGAUGUACGUUGUUCUGGAUUAUGUGCAGAAACUAGUCGGGGCCCAGUUUGGAGAGAAGACAAUCGGGCAAAAAGACAUCGGCGUCGUCACACCUUUUACUGCCCAAAAAUGGAAAUUAAAAGCAAUGCUUGGUCACAACAAGUUUGACCAAGUCGAUGUCGGCACUGUAGAGAUGUUUCAAGGGAAGGAGAAAGAAGUCAUCAUUUUAUCGACCGUCAGAAGUCAAGUGUUUACAAACGAUGGGCAAUCUCACAUCGGACUGUUGUCGAGUUCUAAGCGUUUUAAUGUAGCCAUUACGCGAUCCAAAUCUUUGCUCAUCAUUAUCAGUCAUCCAAGUGUUUUUAAAGUCAAUAAAACCAACGAAAACUGGAGGUAUCUUUCGAAUUACUGCCGUGAAGCAGGAACUUAUUGCGUUGAUUCGUACACGCUGAAAAAUAAUACGUCAAAAAAGCGAAAAAGAACAGAGUACUGUAUAGAUAUAAGCAGCGAUUUCACGCUAGACUGAUUCGUUUUGCCUAAUAAUCUAUUUAUUGGUGAUUUCAUUAUACUUAAAUUUUGAUAUGUAUAUUAUUUCAGAAGUUUGUACUUGACAUCUUACUAUAUUUUUAAUAAUUUUUGUUGUACAAAGAA